AUUUUGUCUUCUCCGAAAUUUCCCAGGAGUCCGCAACCUGCUUCACAACUGUUCCGGCUCGAGGCCGGAAGGGAUCCGGCUAGCAGUUUACUCGCACAACAGACAGCCGAGAUGACAAGGAAUCUUCUGCACUGACAGCUGGAAGCUCCCGAAUGGCUAAUGAACACUUGUACUGUAAGUGGACAGUUACAGCAGAUAUGAUAAGAGGACAUUUCUUCGUUGCCGUCUCUAGAUUACAUCCCUUCACUGCAUUACCAACCGCGUUGUUGCGUCUCACACCUCCAAUAAGAUGGAUACUUCGAGUGUUAUAAGUAUCCACGACCUAAGCGGCAGUUGGGUGAUGCAAGGAAUCGCCUGGAUAACAAGGAAGGCGAUUGCGGCAGCAACGACGACCCUGAAGAUCACUCAGGGCUCCGACACGGAUGGCUCUACAUCGGCACGAACAGAAUGGAUGAGGUUAGAGCCUGCCUUGACUGGGGGUUUGAAGGGCAUUCCGGAGAAUCGUCCGUUGACGUGGGCCGAAUUCGAGCACAACGACACCCUCUUCGGACCUGUCAUUAUCCGUAGUCACUAUAUCGCCGGGGUGAAAAUUUCGGAUAGACGAUUCCGACCGGUUGUUGAGCUUCAGACCAAGGCUGCUGGGUCGAAUAUGGCCGUCAUGAACCUGGAAGUUGAAGCUGUAGAGGAGACCGUAGAAAAAGCCUUCAUUCACGACUUUGUCCGUAGCGUCAACUCUGGAUGGGCGGCUGAGCAGAUCUGGGCAGUGGAAAUAAUUGGCGAAGAGCAAUUCUUGACACGAAGGAUUGUAGUUGUGAAAGGCACUGCUACCGAGCUUGCUCGCGUUUUCUACAGACGUGUAUGAUGGCGAAGGUUGAUAAAGCAUGACUUUUCAACAGGGUGAGCAAGUCUUAGUGCCUGCACAAAGUACUACGCUAUAAUGUAAUAUCGUGUAAAGCUUCUAUAAAUUUAACGAUGUACCCUAUAGACAAUAGAUACCAUAGCCACCUACCCCGAUUUUAGCUUCUUAGGCUUAAGCGGUCUCUGAAAAGAA